AUGGCUUACGACCCAAACCGACUUCCACAAGAUUUACCUGUCUACUACAAAAACUUCUUUCCAGUCAAACCAUUUGUGAAAUGGCUUCGAUACAACGCUGGUGAGUACUCGGUUCCGGAUUACCCAAAAAUUGCUAUUUUGUAGAUACUGGACUCUAUUUUAACCGUCGAGAGUUCGCAUUCAUUCUUGCUGACGAUGUUCACUUGAGAUAUCGCAGUUUCAAUGAUGAGCAUUCGUUCUUCAAAGCACUCACCAGUACCAAUCCUCAUAAACUGGAUAUCGGAGCCGUCUACAAUCACGAACCGGUCAACAACAAAAGACAUACGGACUAUCAGGCGGUCGAGAGAGAACUCGUGUUCGAUAUCGAUUUGACUGAUUAUGAUCCGAUCAGAACUUGUUGCCAGUAAGUGAAAAAUAUGCUUCCCUAUACGAAGUCAGUCUUUCAGGGGUGCUAGUGUUUGCAGCAAGUGCUGGAAGUUCAUGGUUCUGGCAGCGAAGAUUCUGGACUAUCAAUUGGAAGAUAUGUUUGGUUUUGAAGCACGAAUGUGGCUGUUUUCUGGAAGACGUGGAAUCCAUUGCUGGGUCGGAGACAAGAAAUCUCGUAUGCUGAAUAACUCGACCAGAUCAGCCAUAGCCGCCAUGCUCAAUCUGUUCAAGGUAACACAAGAGAGUAAUUAGAUGUAUCAAGUGAUUCUUAGACAAACGGUAAGAUCGAGGUAACGGAAGGCAAACCGAGGGUGACCAGAACUCCUCCGUUCGUCAGCGAUGCCUACGAUAACGCCGUGAAAGACGGAAUCUUCGAGCAGUUGGCCAUCGAGCAAGGAUGGCUGAAUAGCGAGGACGCUAUCCUGGAAGCGCUGGACGUGGGGGAAGGUCUCCGCAUCAGUUUGAAGGAAACGUUCCCUCUGUAUGUCACUCCAACUGCGAGAUGGCACAUGCUUCGCGGAGUAUUCGAUGACAAAUAUCGAGUCGGGCUAAAAUCAGAUGACCUUCUUCUUAGUUUCAGUGUAAGAUAAACAUGGCCGAUUGCACGAAGACGUUUCUUUCAGGACAAUGAUAAACUCGGACGUGAUCGGUACGCUCUUUUGCGGUUUGUCCUCCAAAGAUGCUAUCCUCGUCUUGACGUGAACGUGACCACAGGUGAGUGGAGUUGAUUCGCAAAAUAAAAAAACACGGUCAAGGAGUGUCAGUGGGGAGAGGGGGUCGCCUGACCAGUAGCCAUCAGCAGUGGGGCGGAGAGAAACCCCGGAACAUCUCCAAUUCAAUUUUUUCAAGAUAACCCACUGACGCCGGACCGAUGGACAACUGGCAAAUGCCGCCGUUUAUAUAGGCAUCGGUCGACGAGCGGGCGACGUUUCCCUUCGUUUUGAAAUAUUUCGCAAUUUGCAUUACUAGCGCUAAAUGUUUUGUAUGUUUGCAGGCACAAAUCACUUGUUGAAGUCACCGUUCUGUGUUCAUCCUGGCACUGGCAACAUUGCCGUUCCGUUAGAUGUGAAUACAAUCGCCCAGUUCGAUGUGAAAACGUGUCCGCGGAUUGAGUGAGUUUAGUCAGAUAUGGUAAAGAUUUGUACUGUAUUCCUUCAGCCAUGUCAUCGCCGAAUUGGAGGCUAGAAACGAGUUGAAAAAGGAGGAAAAUGAAGAGAACGAGGAGGCCGAGGAGUCAAAGAAUCGGAAAUAUCUCGGUAGGAAGGCGAUGAUCUUUUUUCCACCAAUUCGUUUCAUUUCAGCAUACCGACACGGAAUCCUGGCACCGUACGUUGAGAAUUUUGAGAAGUUUAUCAAGGCGUGCCAUUCGUGA